AUGGUCUGCAACCUGUUUGCGGCCGCUCUUCUGGCUGGCCUCGCCUUCGCCUCGCCUCAAGGGUACCCAAGCCGAAAGGGAAACACAAAAGGUUACCCGUUUGUUGAUCCCUUGUCGGACUACAAGCCACCUCCAAACCCUUACAACACCGGUGGCGAAUUCAUCAACUGGAGGACAUACAAGUCCAAUGGCGUGAACCUUGGCAGCUGGCUCGAGAAGGAACGCACCCAUGAUCCCAUCUGGUGGGUUAAUGUAGGAGGUGUGAAUGUCUCGGAUGAGUGGUCUCUAUGCCAAACUCUAGGCAAGCGGUGCGGUCCGGUCUUCGAGGCACGUUACGCCAGUUUCCUUAACCUCUCAACCAUCGAUACGCUUGCCAGCGUCGGUGUCAACACGCUGCGUAUCCCUCUGACAUACGCAGCAUGGGUCAAGGUGCCUAGCUCUGAGCUCUACUCUGGCAAUCAAGUCCAAUACCUCGAUCGCAUCGUCAGCUAUGCUGUCCAGCGCUACAACAUGCACAUCAUCAUUGGUCUCCACUCCCUGCCCGGAGGAGUGAACUCCCUCGACAUUGGCGAGGCCAUCGGCCACGAUGAGUGGUUCUUCAACCAGACCCACUUGGAGUACUCCUGGCUCGCCAUUGAUCGCGUCCUUGAUUACAUCAAAACCUCACCCCUCGGUCUCAACAAGUUCUCCAUCUCCCCCCUCAACGAAGCCUCAGACACAAACCUCGUCGGCUUCGGCACCCCAGCCGGUCUGACUGACCAGGGCGCUGACUGGAUCAACAAAUACCUAUUCGGAGUCUUGGACCGUAUCAAGAAAGUUGACAGCCGUAUUCCCAUGAUCAUCCAAGAUAAUUUCAAGGGCACAGAUUUCUGGGCGCCCUUCUUCAACGCGACUGACAACGUUGUUAUAAGCCCUCACGUCUACUACUUCGCCGCUGCCGGUGUCUACGCUAACUACGUCAACCCUGCCGUCUGUGGCCAGGCGCAGUACAUUGCGAACCAGACGAAGUUCCCGAACUUUGUGGGCGAGUGGUCUCUGCAGACAAGGUAUAACAACACUUUCGCUGGAAGGGAGGAGAUCUUCAAUACCCAGAGGUACGCUUGGAAUGAGUAUCUGAGUGGUGGAACUUUCUGGACGGCCGUGUCGUAUGCGACAUCUGCUGUUGAAGGGGAGGGAACUCAGAGGGAGUAUUGGAGCUAUGUCGACUUGAUCAAUCAGGGCGUCAUCAAGCCUGUAGUGUCCGGUAAGGCUUACUGCUAA